UUCGCAUCUGCCUGGAAUCUCCAAACCAUGUUUCAUGCCAAUAUCCACUUGCCUCCUGCGGUCAAUCUUGAUGCGGUCGAUCUCUUGCGCUACCAAUGGCAUUUUUUUCGAGAACCCGGAUACUUCCCCAUGCACGCGAAAGGAGGCGUAUUCGGGCCUUAAAUGCACGCCAUCUCGAGACAGAAAGUUGUGGGCAUUCUUGUGGGGUGUGAGACCUGGAUGAACCGCCGAGAUAUUCUCGGUUUCCGGAAUCAGCAACCCUCGGUGCCCCUGUUCCAUGGUCCCCCCAGAGCAAACCCCAAGCUUCCCCAGACCCCCAGGCAGCGGCUUUCGGAUCCAUGCCCCUGCUCCCGAUCACCGUUUGUGGUCCAGGGCUCGGGACUGGGGUUUGGGCCCCCUCGGCCCUUGGUCAACGAGCUGGCUCGAGAUGGAUGGCGAUGCAUAAUCAAGGUGCAUAUUUGCCAAUGCCGGCAAAAUAACCACAAUGCCUUGAGCAUGUCAUCGUUUUCCCAAUGCCAACCGGAGGGUGGGCGUUUCCUCUUGGAAAACCCGGAUGGGCAAGCCUGGGACCAUCCUUCAUGGGCGAUUCGAGCCGCCCUGAGAAAGGGCGCCGUUGUGAGCCGCGGCAAGGAUACCAAAGCCUCGCUGGGAGAGCUCCCGUGUACGUCCAUGUCCAUGCACCGAAUCAGGCCCGACUGCAAAUUGCAAGGACACCGGCAGGGGAGUAUCGCUGGCUCUGGUGUGGGGCCUGGCUCUGCAGAGGGUUCGGGGGUUGAAUGGCCUCGAAGUGAUGUUGGGCGAGAACUGAAGCUCGACCGCUGGCCAAUCCUAACGUCGGAGACUUGGUUUGUCACAGCUAUGUGGAUGAGCUGUCGUUGUCAACCCCCUUCCAGGCCUGUUCCGCCGCAGGGUGCAAGCGUUACACCCCCAUGCAGCAGCCCUGUUCAGACAUCGUCCUGCGGUUGUGGUCCUCGUGGUCCGUUUGAUGCUUGUCUGGACCUAACUCUGCGAACAUUAUCAUGCUUGUCGAAACAUUGGCCGGGGAAACGGCAAGCGUGUCGAGGAGCCGGCAAGGGACAGAGAAACCCAAAGGGGCCCGGUGGCUCCGUCAAGGGCAGAGCCAGGGGGGUUAUUUUGGUCCUUCCUCAGGAAUCCCCGCUGGCAUAUAAGAUGGGUAGCAUCAAUGCCGGCGGCUCUUGCCUUUCCCUUCCUUCCCGAGUUCUCUUCCCCCAACCCAACCAACCGGCUUCCAUUGAUAGGGAGACUGGAGAAUCCUUGACCCUUACCACAUAACGCAGCUUCGCUAACACCCCGCUGCUUGCUGGCUACUGCCCGGUUUCCCCUCUACCACAGUUCACCAGCCUCGCUUGGAGAAAUCAAGGGCCGAGAUUUAAUCGAAGCCAUCCCUCCUCUCCGGCUGAAGUCAUCGAACCACUGGUCUGACGACAUCCCCAACUGUUGCCGGGUGAGAGGAGCUCAUCCUACGGUAAGAAGAGCCCCGUCCCUCUCAUCUUGCUAAGCGCCAGAAAAGGGUGGCAGUCCCCCGCCUUUCUUUCUUGGGAAGCUUAACACACGCGUCACACCCCUCGUGAGGUUUCUUGUUCACUGGAUCCCUGGAGAUUCCCCCCUUUAAUCCCAUCCCCACCUGGCACUUGCCAGAAACGUAACAACCUUGACCACACUUGUUCUUUUCGGUCUCCCGGAGAACAUCGACCCAUUCACCCAACAACCAGCUGACCAAACGACCCCAGAAAUUCAAGACACUCCAACCAAGAUGUCGAAAUUA